AGUCAGUUGCCGAUGGCCCUCCCGGGAAACACCCCAAAAGAAGAUGGCACCGCUGAUAUGGUUUUCUUUUCGACGACCAACUCCACGGCACGUAACGCGGCAAAUGUAAGCAACGCAACACCUAAGAAAUUUGAAGUGCUGAACACACAAGGCGAACCCUACGUGCUUCUCUUUGCUAAUCAAACUUAUUGCAUGGUGGUGCGCAUUCCGCAAAAUAUGACUACAGGAACGGCCCAAGAACACGGAAAGAAGCAGGGCGCUAAAGGUCACUGCUUAAUUUUAUAUCGCCCUGAUGUUUACAACGGUACCAGUAUACCAUGGAGCUGCAGAUUUUAUUACAGUGUGCACUGCAAUCCGUGGCUGUCUCAUCGAGUUAACAACACCCAAUGCUUGCAAACAACCCCUAAACCAGUAGCGUCCAAAGCGUGCUGAGAAUGUCACACUACUGGAAACCAA